AUGACUCAAGUUCAAGAAUCUCCUUAUGGAACCUGGGAAAGCCCAAUUACCCCGGAUCACUUUGCCUCAGGCUCUGUGAUUCUUGACCAGUUGGAUGUGAACUGUUCCAAUGGCAAGAUAUAUGCUCUUGAGGUCAGGCCUGCCGAAGAGGGAAGAGGUACCAUCGUGGAAUAUGUUGAUGGAACUGCCAAAGAAGUACUCCCUAGCCAAUACAAUGCCUUAUCUCAAGUGCAUGAGUACGGUGGAGCCUCAUUUAUGACAAGACAGUGUGACAACCACAUCAUUUUUACUGAUUUCGAAACAAAGGCGAUUUAUGAUCUGAAUCCCAGCACUGGAGACACAAAGAUAUUAGUUCACGAGGAUAGAAAGCUCUAUUAUGCCGACUUUGCCAUUCCGCCAGAUGAUCAGAGAUGGAUAGUUGCGAUACAAGAGAAUCACCACGCCGAUGAUCCCAUGGCCGUUGAGAAUAAAAUUGUUGCAGUCGAUUCCACAACCAAGGAGGUUACAGUUCUUGCCAGUGGUUGUGACUUUUAUGCCUUUCCACGCUUCAGUCCAGAUGGAAAAAAGCUUUGUUGGGUCCAAUGGUAUCAUCCUAACAUGCCUUGGGAUAACACACAGCUACUGAUAGCUGACUGGGAUAAUGGCCAAGUCUCGAACAUAACCAGCAUUGCCGGAGUCGACAUAGAUUCCAGCGUUACGCAGCCUUGUUGGGGCGUAGAUAACACUCUUUACUAUGUCGAUGAUAAGUCGGGAUACUGGCAACUUUACGAAUACUCCAACGGACACAGCAGACACUUGAAGUUAUCCGACCUGGAAGAUGCGGAAUUCUGCUUUACUGAUUUUUUCCUCGGAGCUGCGUCAUAUGCGCCAUUAUCGCCGGAUACCAUUGUUUCAUUUUACACCAAGAAUGGAACCUACACAAGCAUCGUCAUUGACACUAAAACCUGCAACUAUCGAGAGCUCCAAUGCCCCAUAACCGAUAUUCUCACAAAUGCCAUCAAGGCAGUGAGUUCGACGGCUGUAGCCAUCAUUGGUUCCACAGCAUCAUCACCUCAAGUGCUUACUGUGGUGGAUAUCAACCAAGGAGGGCUUGGCCAGGUCUUGAAACGUUCGGCCGCCACUGAGCUGCCAGAAGAUUAUGUUUCCCAUGCCACUCACGUUACGUUCCCUCGGGUAACUGGAUCUGGAGAAGGCGUGGCACAUGGUCUGUUUCUUUUGCCCAAAAACCCCAAGUUCAAGUGCGACGGCUCCCUGCCUCCAUUGAUCGUAUCAGUACACGGUGGGCCAACAUGCCAAGCCGGGCCCGGCUUCUAUCUGCGCGAUCAGGCUCUGACAACUCGUGGUUAUGCUGUGCUACAAGUUAAUUACGUUGGGUCGACUGGAUACGGAAAGAAAUAUCGACAAUUACUCAAUGGGCAAUGGGGAGUUAGUGACAUUGCAGAUGCAGUCAGCGCUGUGGAUUAUCUUGCUCGUCAGAACUUGAUUGACAGACAGAGAGUCGGGUUGACAGGACACUCAGCUGGUGGGUUCUUGACAAUGCAAGGCAUGGUACGCUAUCCGAAUGUUUGGAAGACAGCUGUUGCUGAAAGUGGUAUUUCGGACCUGAAAAGAUUGAUGGAGGACACGCAUAAAUUUGAGUGUCGCUACCUACAGCCCCUCUGCUGGCCCAAUGGAACAUCUGCAGAGGAUCAAGAACGAAUUCUUCUAGAAAGAGGCCCCAUUCAUCACUGUGCCAAAAUCCAGAGGCCCAUCUUGUGUUUCAAUGGAACGGAAGAUCCCAUAGUGCCUCAAAACCAAGCGAAAACAUUUGUGGAAACAGUAAAGGAAACGGGCGGAGUUGCAGAAGUGGUCUUAUAUGAAGGCGAAAGUCACAUCUUUGCCAAAGGUUCAAGUUUAAAGGAUAUUGAAGCUCGUCGGUAUGCUUGGUUCAGAAAGUAUUUGUUGGAUUAA